CAACAACAACAACAGCCGUUUUAUACAACCAGCCACUGUUUUCCAAUAUUCUUCACAGGGUCAGCCAGUUAACCUACACCACCUAGCAAAUCCCGGUCAAAUUGAAUUUUUUGUUGCCGGAAAUCACGUAGUCGCCCCUCUGAUUCAAACGCUCCCCGCGCAGACGGACCGAAUAUUGCAGCAGCAGCAGCAACAACAACAACAAAAUUUACGAUCUGUAGUGAACCACCUACAACCGGGUUCGAUUGCGCAACAGGGCAGUCCGGAAAACUUCCAGAGAAAUAUGCUGAACAAGCCAAUAGUGUGGCAGGGUAUGCUAGCACUUAAGAACGACAGUGCCACGGUGCAGAUGCACUACGUGUCCGGCAGUGAUGCACUCAUCAAGGCCUCACUCCCCGACAACAUGACCACGCUACGGAUAGCCCAGAGGAUGAGAUUGGAGCCCAACCAGCUGGAACAAGUUACCAAACGAAUGGCCGAAUCGGAAUACACCAUGUUGUUAGCCGUACCCUCGGGCCAUGAUCACGUGGGCCUCAUGACGCAGAGCCACAACCUACAGAUGUAUUUCAUUCAGUACCUCCAACAGAAGCAGGCCGCCGGCAUUGUUAACAUAUUCCAACCUAAUACUAAUCAGGCUGCCUACGUGGUCCACAUAUUUCCACCAUGCGAAUUUUCACUUGGGAGUCUGAGAUCCAAGCUGUCUCCAGAGGCCCUCCACAGUUUAACUGACGGUGGCUAUCUUCUCAUCAUCAUCACCACUUGCUAAUGUAAUCAUAUAUAUAU